AUGGACAAGCAGACGCGCAGCAGCGGUGCCGUGGUGGGGUUGGCAGGUCUGUUGCCUUUUGGCACGGUCGAGGCCAAGGUAAAAGAGUGGCUGGCCGAGGACAUCCCCUCGUUCGACUAUGGCGGCUUCGUGGUGGGCGACAAAGAGGAGGUGGCCGUGCUCCUGGGCAAGGCUCCCGGCGUAGUCGCUGGCGUGCCCUUCUUCGAUGCCGUCUUCCGCGAGGUUCACUGCACCGUUGAGUGGCACCUCCAGGAAGGCACCCCCUUCCAACCCAUCGCUGAGGUGGCACAUGUGCGGGGACCAGCACGGAACAUUCUCAUGGGCGAGCGGACUGCGCUCAACCUCAUCGCCCGAUGCAGUGGUAUUGCGACGCUCGCACACCACCUCACCUCGCUGGCGCAACAGCACGGCUGGAAGGGCCAAGUCGCCGGCACGAGGAAGACGACGCCUGGCUUCAGGAUCAUUGAGAAGUACGGCAUGCUGGUCGGUGGGGCCGAUACGCACCGCUACGACCUGUCGUCCAUGGUCAUGCUCAAGGACAACCACGUCGUGAGCACGGGCAGCAUCACUAACGCGGUGAAGAAAGCGCGCUCGGUGUGCGGGUUCUCUCUGAAGAUUGAAGUGGAGUGCCAGAGCCAAGAAGAGGCCGAGGAGGCGAUACAGGCUGGAGCCGACAUCGUCAUGCUGGACAACUUCACCCCCGCCAAAUUAAAAACAACGGCCUGCAACCUCAAGGACAACAUCGCGGAGUACUUCCACGAGAGCGUCGACGUCAUUUCGCUGGGCUUGCUCUCGCAAAGUGUGCCCCACAUCGACUACAGCCUCAAGAUCCGGCACGCCCAACAGUAA